AAUGCAAACCAAUUUUGAAACUCCAGAAAGGAAUCGUUGGAAAAAAGUAAUGGGUUUGCUUCAAAGCCAACCGAAUCUCACUCCUUGCCUCGCUUCCUCAUACUUACAUUGCAUCUCUUCCUCUCCCUCUCUCUCUCUCUCAAUACACACCUGUAUGUGUAUAAAUAUAUAGUGCACUGCAUCAUUCAGAUAUAUACAUAGAAAUUCAUAUAUUGCCUAUCUAUAUAUAACUUCCAAGGUUGGAAAAACGCCAAGGUUGGCAAUUGCAAAUACACGGUUACUACUACACUAGCUUUUCUUUUUUAUAGACUCCCACUUGAAACUCGCCUCCUCACCACCAUUAUUCAUCACUAUAAUUACACCCCACUUUCUCAAACGUUUGCUUCAUUCUUUACCCACCAUCUCUCUAGAUUCUCUCUCUGUGAUCUGAAAGGUUCCGGUGAUCCAGGUUGUGCUGGUGGCGGUGUCUAGAAGAUGAUGAUGAUGAUGAUGGAGGCUGCAAACCUUGAGGAGGAUCAGAACCAGAUGAUGAUCAUCAAAGGAAAGCGCACCAAGCGUCCGAGGCUGUCAUCUCCGAUUGUGUUAACAACGACAGCUUCAAGCUCAUCUAGUCCAGGGGGUGGUGAUGAUGUUGAAGAUCAUCAUCAUCAAUUGGGUAUGAUUAGUACUCCAAUUAGAGUUAGUGAUCAAGAUGAUGAGACAACCGCCUCGCCUGCCACCUCAGCUGAAUUCACAGAGAUGAGUACUACAGAAGAAGAAGAAGACAUGGCAAACUGUUUGAUACUUUUGGCUCAGUCGGGUCAGACACAAAUCCGAAAAGUUCAAGAACAGCAACAACCUAUUAAGGCUGUUGCUGCUGCUGAUACAGCUCCUGGGUUAUAUGUGUAUGAGUGCAAGACAUGUAACAGGUGCUUUUCUUCGUUCCAAGCACUUGGUGGGCAUAGAGCAAGUCACAAGAAACCCAAGGCUAGUAAUGUCAUCAACACAACACAAGCACAGCCGAAGAAAGAGUUGUCGUGUAUGGAAGAUCAAGAUGAGUAUGAUCGUCGUUUUAACAACAACACAACAAGCACAACGCUUUCGUUACAAAUAUCGAACAGGGGUUUUGGCAAUAGCAAAGGCAACAAGGUUCAUGAGUGUUCAGUGUGUGGGGCUGAGUUCAGCUCUGGUCAAGCUCUUGGGGGUCAUAUGAGGAGGCACAGAACUUCCAUGAACUCUACAACAACAGCACAAACAUUGAGUAGUCCGCAACCUCAAGCACCUAACAAGAGGCCAAGAAGUGUUUUAGAGUUAGAUCUUAACCUUCCUGCACCAGAAGAAGAGCGGCUCGAAAUGACCAAAUUGCCAUUUUCCAGCUCCAAGAAGGAACAAGUCAUUGUCUUCUCUGCCUCUCCUUUGGUGGGAUGCCAUUACUGAACAGCUAGAGCAAAUUACCAUUGUAACCCAAUUGAUUAUUUGACAUUGUUUUUAAUUUUUUAAAACUGAUACCAUUCGAUUAAUUGUUGAUUCUUUUUACUUGUCCAAAACUUAAUUUGAUCGCA